AUGCGUCUACAGCAUCUUUCGCUGCUCUUCUCCGUGGCAGUGGCAGCCGCCCACACCACGGGGUCCCUGGAAAACGUCAUCAGCGAGCAGUAUCUGGCCAUCAACGGGGUCAACUUCAGCACUCGCGCCUAUUGGAUGAGGCAGGCGAAUGCCGCCCUAGGACAACUGGUCUCUCCGUGCCCAUUUGGGGCGUUUGGCACCGUGAUCGUGAACCACACGGCAGGUGGGCUGGGCGAGCUGGUUUGCAUGGGCGCGAACAACAUUUCAUUGACCGGCAAUCCCUCCAUGCAUGGCGAGAUAGCGGCCAUCAAGAAUUGUUCGGAAGUCUUGACCGACCCGUCGGGCCCGUACAAUCUGACGGCGUCACAGGCUCAAAAAGCCUUUUCGUCCCUGUCGCUGUACACUAACGCGGAGAGCUGUCCGAUGUGCGCCUCUGCUAUUCGAUGGGCCGGGUUCAAGGAAUACAUAUACGGCACGUCUAUCGAGACGUUGAUUGCCCAAGGCUGGGGCCAGAUUCGCGUCUCGAGUGUUGACGUGUUCGCCCAGAGCUUUGACUUGCCCUACCCGGCCAGGCUGAUCGGGGAGAUCCUCACAAAUGAGACCGACCCAUACUUUCUGUGGCAGUAUAACCCAACCUAUCCUUGUCCGGCCGGAUGUCAUCGUGGGUCGUCGGGGUCUUGUACGGCAAACUGA